UACAAGGUCGCAGUUGUCAAACUUUUGAGGUUAGAUUACUAGUUUCUGCUGCGUUUGAUUGAAUUUAUUUAAUAAAAUUAAAUACAGACGCGAUUUAUUCCGAAAAAAAGUGUGUGAAUUAUGGCUGCUACUUCCCAUGGACUUCCUGUAUCACAAAUAUUGAAAUCCAAAACAGAGGGAGAUGAUGAACCGAAAAAGAAAUCUAGAGAAGAUUGGAGGAAGGCGAAGGAGUUAGAAGAAGCCCGAAAAGCUGGUACUGCGCCAGCUGCUGUAGAUGAGGAAGGAAAAGAUAUAAACCCCCACAUACCUCAGUAUAUUGCAACUGCUCCUUGGUAUUAUGGGGCCCAAGGGCCCACUCUAAAACAUCAGCGUCCCCAAGAGGACAAACAAAAGUCAUUUUCGGAUUUAGACGAAUGGUAUAAGCGUGGAGUUGAUGCAAGUAAUGUAGUAAUUAAGUACCGCAAGGGAGCUUGUGAAAAUUGUGGUGCAAUGACUCAUAAAAAGAAAGAUUGCAUGGACAGACCUCGUAAGGUAGGCGCUAAAUAUUCUGGCGUUAACAUAGCUCCUGAUGAAUAUAUACAAAAAAACUUAUCAUUGAGUUAUGAUGGAAAAAGGGACAGAUGGAGUGGUUAUGAUCCAUCAGAGCAUAGGGCUAUCAUUGAAGAAUUCCAGAAGGUUGAAGAAGCCAAAAGGCAACUACGUGCUGAUAAACUUGCAACUGAUGAUGAUAAAGAGGAAGUUGAUGAAGAAGAAGAUGAGGAUAAAUAUGUUGAUGAGGUUGAUAUGCCAGGAACAAAAGUUGACAGCAAACAGAGAAUUACAGUCAGGAAUUUAAGGAUAAGAGAGGACACAGCUAAAUAUUUACGUAACUUGGAUCCUAAUUCAGCCUAUUAUGAUCCCAAAACAAGGUCUAUGAGGGAAAAUCCUAAGCCAAACAAGGAUGAUGGAUAUCAAGGAGAAAACUUUGUAAGAUUUACUGGAGACACAACUAAGCAUGCCAAAGCUCAGAUAUUUGCUUGGGAAGCUCAUGAAAAAGGAGUGGACAUACAUCUUCUUGCAGAACCAACUAAAUUGGAACUACUUCAAAAAGAGUAUGAAGAAAAGAAACAGGAAUUCAAGUCAAAAGUACAGGAGAGUGUACUUGAAAGGUAUGGGGGUGAGGAACACCUAAAGGCACCUCCAAAAACUCUAUUGCUGGCACAAACAGAAGAUUAUGUGGAAUACUCAAGGUCUGGAAAAAUUGUUAAGGGAGCAGAGAAACCAGUUGUGAGAUCAAAAUAUGAAGAGGAUGUUUAUAUAAAUAAUCAUACCAGUGUAUGGGGAUCAUUCUGGAAAGAUGGCAAAUGGGGUUACAAAUGCUGUCAUUCAUUCAUUAAAAAUUCUUAUUGUCUUGGAGAAGCUGGAAAGUUACAAAAUGAAACAUCAGUUCCACAUACAAACCAUUUUAAGAAUGAGUCAAACAGUGGAAAAGAAUCAUCUUCCCCUGAUGAUAGUUCUAGUUCUGAUGAGGAAAUUAAAAAGAAGUCAAAGAAAAAGAAAAAGGACAAAAAGAAAAAGAAGUCAAAGGUGGAGAAGAAAGGGGACAAAUUAAAAGAAGCCCUGGAUGCUGAAGAAAAGCACCAAGAGGAAGCCAAAAAGUACCUGGAAAUAGACGAAAGAAAGAGACCUUAUAAUAGCAUGUAUGAAGUUAAAAAACCAUCCGAAGAAGAAAUGGAAGCUUAUUAUAUGAAGAGGAGGCGUGAAGAAGAUCCAAUGAAUCAAUUUUUGUAAGUUAAACGCAAAUAUUAUUUUAUUUUGGUAUAAUUAAUCUUAAAAAUAAAAAGUCAUUCAUAAUUA